AGAUGAGGACGGAUCAGACAUCGAAGAGUUCGAUCUACGUCAUCUUCUGCUGGUGCUUCGCCGCCUGCGGAGGCCUCAUGUUCGGUUACGACAUCGGCAUCUCAGGAGGAGUGACGGCGAUGAAUGAUUUCCUGGUAAAGUUCUUCCCGAGGGUGUACGAGAGGAAGAUGCACGCGAAGGAGAACAACUACUGCAAAUUCGACGACCAGUUGCUUCAGCUGUUCACUUCCUCUCUGUAUCUUGCUGCGGUCGUUGCCAGCUUCGGAGCGUCCAAGUGUUGCUCCAAGUUCGGCCGGAGACUCACCAUUCUCUUAGCUUCCAUCUUCUUCCUCAUCGGAGCCGCUCUCAGUGCCUCCGCUCAGUCCCUCUGGAUGCUCAUCUUCGGCCGUAUCUUCCUCGGAUUCGGCGUUGGAUUCGGCAACGAGUCGGUUCCGCUGUUCCUGUCGGAGGUUGCUCCUGUGAAGAGACGUGGUUCGGUGAACAUCAUGUUUCAGCUCUUCAUCACCAUCGGCAUCCUGAUCGCCAAUCUUGUAAACUACGGCACCUCGUUCCUUCACCCUCACGGAUGGAGAGUCUCCCUCGGUGUGGCUGCUUUACCGGCGGUCCUUCUCUUCGUCGGAUCGUUCGUAAUCCCGGAGACACCAACGAGCCUCGUCCAACGAGGCCACGAGUCCAAGGGCCGUGAGGCUCUCAAGAAGAUUAGGGGAGUGGAGGAAGUGAACGAGGAGUUUGAGGAGAUCAAAGAGGCGUGCGAGAAGGCGGAGAGAGCGAAGGGAUCGUUCUGGGAGAUGGCGAAGAAGCGUUCGAACUGGCCUCCGCUAGUAAUCGGAGUGAUGCUUCAGGUGUUUCAGCAGUUUACAGGGAUCAACUCCAUCAUGUUCUACGCUCCAGUCCUAUUUCAGACAGUCGGCAUGAAGAGCGGAGCUUCUCUCUAUUCUUCUGUAAUAACCGGCGCUUUCAACGUCCUCGCCACUCUCCUCGCUAUCUUCGCCGUCGACAAGGCCGGCCGCCGGUUCUUGCUCCUCGCCGCCUGCGUCAUCAUGUUCAUCUCCCAGGUGACAAUAGGGGGCCUGCUGCUGGGAUACUUGAAGGAGGCGAACACGCUGACAGUGGGGAUGGGGAUAGUGGUGGUGGUGUUGGUGUGUAUGUUCGUGAUAGCGUUCGCGUGGUCGUGGGGCCCGAUGGGAUGGCUGAUUCCGAGCGAGACCUUUCCGCUGGAGAUGAGGACCGAAGGCUACGCAUGCGCGGUCAGCACCAACAUGGUCUGCACCUUCAUCAUCGCUCAGGCUUUUCUCUCUAUGCUCUGUCGCAUGAGAGCUUUCAUCUUCUUCUUCUUCGCCGCCUGGAUCCUCCUCAUGGCUCUCUUCGUCUUCUUCCUCUUGCCCGAGACCAAGAACGUCCCCAUCGACGCCAUGGUCGACCGUGUCUGGAAGCUUCAUCCUGUCUGGGCCAAGUUCAUGGACGAUGACGAUGAAGCCGCCCGCAAGACGGCAGCUGCCGUCGAACAAGUCUGAUCAUCGACAUCUUCUAUGUCUUGUUCGAACUCGUAGUUAGUUAGUUUCAUUCCAGAAGAAACCCUACUUUCGUUAUUUUUGUUAGGUUUUAUUAUGGUUUCGAGUCUUUUGGAUAUUAUCUUUUUAAAAGUUUUAGAUUGGAAUUAAUUAUCAGACGUUAAUUAGGGUUUUU